AUGGGUUGUGCUACAUUGAACCUGGUUGGAGCUGCUACUCUGCCGAAACUCAACAGCUACACUCGCAGCGGCAUUAGCUCCCCAAAGCCUUUCAUAUCCUUUGCCCAACCUAAUGGCUCUCGCCAUCUCAACAGCGGUGGAGUGUAUAGCCCUCUCACGUGCUGUGCGUACAAAUUGCGGUCGUGUGUUUCCUUAUGUGCAAGAACUAGUAAUGCUGCUCCGGAAGAGGAGAGGGUGACUGUUUUGGUUGUUGGUGGAGGGGGGAGGGAACAUGCUCUUUGCUAUGCGUUGAAGCGUUCCCCUACUUGUGAUGCAGUUUUUUGUGCUCCUGGCAACGUUGGGAUUUCCAGCUCCGGGGUUGCCACUUGUAUUUCUGACCUUGACGUAUUUGAUAGCUCAGCUGUGAUUUCCUUCUGCCGGAAAUGGGGUGUGGGGCUUGUUGUUGUGGGACCAGAGGCCCCUCUUGUUGCAGGUCUUGUGAAUGAUCUGCUUAAGGCUGGAAUUUAUGCUUUUGGCCCGUCCUCUGAGGCUGCUGCUUUGGAAGGAUCCAAGAAUUUUAUGAAAAGUUUGUGUGACAAGUAUGGAAUACCUACUGCUAAGUAUCGAACAUUUACAGACCCAUCUGCUGCAAAGCAAUACAUAAAAGAGCAAGGGGUACCUAUUGUUGUUAAAGCAGAUGGAUUGGCUGCUGGAAAAGGAGUUAUUGUUGCAAUGACUUUGGAUGAGGCUCUUGAAGCUGUUGAUUCAAUGCUUGUAAAUGAUGCCUUUGGUUCUGCAGGUUGUCGUGUAGUUAUUGAGGAAUAUUUGGAAGGGGAAGAAGUGUCUUUCUUUGCGCUAGUCGAUGGAGAGAAUGCUAUACCUCUGGAAUCUGCCCAGGACCAUAAACGGGUUGGGGAUGGUGAUACAGGACCUAAUACUGGUGGAAUGGGUGCAUACUCACCCGCCCCCAUCCUGACAAAAGAACUUCAAGAUGUAGUCAUGAAAUCCAUCAUUUUCCCUACAGUGAAAGGAAUGUCAGCAGAGGGCUGCAAGUUUGUUGGGGUUCUAUAUGCUGGGCUCAUGAUUGAGAAGAAGUCUGGAUUACCUAAGCUAAUUGAGUACAACGUCCGCUUUGGUGAUCCAGAGUGUCAGGUUUUGAUGGUUAGGUUGGAGUCUGAUCUGGCACAAGUUCUACUUGCUGCUUGUAAAGGACAGUUAAGUGAAGUAUCUUUGGAGUGGUCGGCGGGGUCAGCAAUGGUUGUUGUAAUGGCUAGUAAAGGGUAUCCGGGGCCAUACGAGAAGGGAAGCGUGAUUGCGAACCUUGAUGAAGCAGAGAAUGUUGCUCCAUCUGUUGUUGUAUUUCAUGCUGGAACUGCAUUAGAUUCAGAUGGGAACUUGAUUGCUGCUGGGGGGCGUGUUCUUGGGGUGACUGCCAAGGGAAGAGAUCUUAGAGAGGCACAUGAAAGGGCUUAUCAAGGUGUUGAACAAAUUAAUUGGCCAGGAGGGUUUUACCGCCGUGAUAUUGGCUGGAGAGCCCUUGCUCUUCUAAAAGACAGUUUUGUAACUAGUGGCUAGACUAAGCUAAAGUUUGUACUAGUGCUCAUUAGAAGAGAGUGAAAAUUUCCAUGUCCUUUUCAAAUUUAUAAUUUCUGAAUUGAGCUUUUCUUCAUAAGUAGUGACCUUACAGUAUUAACUGUUGUCCCAUCACUCAAAAACCACACCCAAUUAUAGUCGUAUGUUGACAAUACAAUAACUAUGCUUUCC